AAUGACGGACAGUGUUGUCCGACGGACCAGCAGCAUCCGCCGGAGUUGUCAAUACAGAACACGUGUUUUCAACCGGUGAUCAAACUUCGCACAUACAACUAAAACAUGCCGAAGGCGGGGAAAGGUAAACCAACGCAGAAGGAGAAGGUGUGUCAUCCCUAUAGCAGGAAAGCUGCUUACCUGGCCAGCCAGGAGAUACGUCUGGGAAAGAAGGAGAGACAAAAGAGUGAGAAGGCCACUCGUCUCAACAGCAUUGGUGAUAAGCUGCAGUGGUUUCAGAGCCAGCUGGACUCUGAGAAGACAGAGUUCACCAAACAGGACGCCUGUCACAUCAUAGAGAGGUACCUGCAGAGGUUUGAUGGGGAGUUGGACCAGAUUGAACUCGUGAACGGGAUCAAAGGUCGUCAGGGUCGUCUCCAUGGCAGCAGGGAGACCGUCAUCAAACAGACUGUAGAGAGAGAGACCGCUCUGUACCAUGGCAACGGCUUCGAGAUUCCAGACAUCAUCAACUCUAAACAUCUCAAGACCUUCAGGGAGUGGAGCGGCGAUCUAAAGAAGCUUCCCAACAUCAAGAUGAGGAAGUUCUCUUCCCGAGGGACGGACAGAACAGGAGGAGGAGAGGAGGAGGAGGGGACCGCCGGAGGAGAGGAGGAGACCGCUGCAGGAGAGGAGGAGGAGACCGCCGGAGGAGGGGAGGAGGAGACCGCUGGAGGAGAGGAGGAGGCCUUAAUGAAGGACUCAGAUUCAGACGCCCAGGAAGAUGCCCCAUAAUGCUUUGCAUGUUAGAACUCUGGGGAUGUCAGCCAUCCUACCUGACUGGGGUGAAGACAACCUGUGUGUGUGUGUGUGUGUGUGUGUGUGUGUGUGUGUGUGUGUGUGUGUCCCAAUACAGACAUCUAAUAAACCUAAAUACAGACCGA